AUGAAACUUAGAGUUGGGCUAGAUUCAAUUUUAAAAAUCAUAUUUUACUAUCUCGAGAAUAAAAAAAGGAGUCUUGUUACGAAAUUGAUAAUUUCUUUACUAGUGGAUCUGACGAAUUUAAACUUAGAUCCCUUUAUUCCCGACUUUUCUACCAGUCGUCAUAGCGAGCAGGACAUCUUGAAGUUAUUUAUUGAAGAACCGUUUUCUACUACAGAAGAAAAUUAUUCGAGUUCCGAGAACGAUUACGAGGAUUCCAGUUCUACACGAAGUGAUGAAUUAUUUUUUGAUUGUGAUUCUUCGCACACUUCUGACAUUGAAGAUGAUUCAUCUUCUAAUUCCGAUGAAAGUGUGUUAGAUGAAGAUAAUUUGAAUGAACCUCUUUACCCCGGGGCUCCUCUCUCAUUUCAGGAGAGCUUACUUUCGAUCCUUCUGUUAACUAUACGUCAUAAAAUUUCCGAUGUACUUUUAUCAGACAUUCUAUUACUUAUUAGUGCUCAUUGCAUUGAACCUAACCUUUGCUUAAAUACCGAAUAUAAAUUCAAACAAUAUUUCGAUCGUUUGGGAAUAAACUUCGAUCGUCAUUUUUAUUGUCCUCGUUGUCAUCAUUCGUUACCAUCUGAAUGUAGUACUUGUUCUAAUGGCCAGCACGUUACUGACAAGGAUUCCAGCGCUCCUUAUUUUAUUACAACGUCUAUUAUUUCUUAA